UCUAGUGCUUGCUGUGAGUUUGAUUAGUUCUGCUGCACAGUGGGUCAUGUCACUUGUGACAUAGUGUCUGAAUCCUGCACACGCUGCCCAGCACUGCAGCUUACACCCACAAGAUGAGCAGCAGUGGUUCCCCAGCCAAAUCUACUGGCUCCCCUCUGAUGCAGAGCCUGAGACCUAAGGACACCCUAACAUCCGGGGGCACAUCAGUACAGCUUAUCAUCAAGGAUGUGGGGGAAAUUCAUUCCAGACUGUUGGAUCACCGGCCCAUCAUUCAGGGAGAAACCCGUUACUUCAUGAAGGAAUUUGAGGACUAAACGGGGAUUUAGAGAGAUGCGAGUUUAGAAAAUGUGAAACGCAGCAUAUCGGAAACUAACGAACAAACUCUCCUGCAGUGUACAGAUGUGAUGCAAGAACGUCUGGGCACCAUACUCGAGAAAUUGGAAGCUGCCAAUCAAACAGUGCACAAGCUCCAGAAAAGAGAGCAGGAAAAUGCUAAGCGUUACGCAGUUAGAACUGGUGAAGAGAAAAUCCGAGCCCAGUUGGAGAUAUUCUUGAAAGAUCAAGAACAAAGUCGUUUGGCAGUUGAUGAAGAACAUAGGAAAGCAGUGGAGCGCCUGAAGGAACAGUAUGCUGAGAUGGACAAGGAUCUCUCUAAAAUGGCUUAUACCUGAAAUUAUUAACACUUUUAUGCCGCCAUUUGAUUUGCUUCUCCUGUGUAUCUGGCUUCUUAAAAUACUGGAUAGAUCCUUAGUUCCAUAUAAUUUUGUCAGCCCCUAAUUUAUGUAAUAUAAUACACACACAUAGAAAUUUUGUUUUUCUUUUUUUAAUAUGUCAUUUACUUUCCCUUGUGCCUCCUAUGAUCUUGUAAGAACAAAUUUCAGUGCUAAACAAGUUUUCAAUUAUUACUAAUAGGCAAUAUAAAUAUGUAUAAAGUAGUCAAGCAAUAAAAGUAAAAUAUUCCUAGCAAUCAAAUAUGUAAAGGCAAUAUGAGAAAUAUUAUAUUUUCUUUUAUAUCACUUAAAGGGAUAUGAAACCUAUAUUUUUUUUUCUUUCAUGAUCUAGACAGAGCAUACAAUUUUGAACAACUUUCCAAUUUACUUUUAUUAUUUAAUUUGCUUCCUUUUCUUGUUAUCCUUUGCUAAAAGGUUUAUUUAAGAAAGCUCAGGAGCUGCAAAAGACCUACACCGAGAUUACGAGUUUUGCGGUAACAGGGGUGCGUUGCUAAUAAACUUUUUUUUUCAUCUGCUCCCUUAAGAAAACGCUGGUAUUACGUUUUUUUUUUAAACACGGUGUUAGCCGCAAAAAGGUGAGCGUAGAGCAAAAUUUAGCUCCACAUCUCACCUCAAUACCAGCACUGCUUACGGUAGCGGUAAGCUGGCUAAACGUGCUGGUGCACGAUUUCCCCAUAGGAAUCAAUGGGGCUGAUUCAUCUGAAAAAAAGCCUAACACCUGCAAAAAAGCAGCAUUCAGCUAUGGGGAAACAAAAGUUAUGUCUACACCUAACACCCUAACAUGAACCCCUAGUCUAAACACCCCUAAUCUUACACUUAUGAACCCCUAAUCUGCCCCCCCCAACGUCGCUGAAACCUACCUUCAAUUAUUAACCCCUAAUCUGCCGCCCCCAUUGUCGCCGCUACUAUAUUAAAUGUAUUAACCCCUAAACCCAAGUCUAACCCUAACACCCCCUAACUUAAAUAUAAUUUAAAUAAAUUAUUCCUAUUUAAAACUAAAUACUUACCUGUAAAAUAAACCAUAAGAUAGCUACAAUAUAACUAAUAGUAACAUUUGUAUCUAUCUUAGGGUUUAUAUUUAUUUUACAGGCAACUUUGUAUUUAUUUUAACUAGGUACAAUAGUUAUUAAAUAGUUAUUAACUAUUUAAUAACUUCCUAGUUAAAAUAAAUACAAAUAUACCUGUAAAAUAAAUCCUAACCUAAAUUACAAUUACACCUAACACUACACUAUCAUUAAAUUAAUUACCUAAACUAACUACAAUUAAAUACAAUUAAAUAAAAUAAAUUACAGAAAAUAAAAAAAUAAUUACAAGAAUUUUAAACUAAUUACACCUAAUCUAAUCCCCCUAAUAAAAUAAAAAAGCCCCCCAAAAUAAUAAAAUUCCCUACCCUAUACUAAAUUACAAAUAGCCCUUAAAAGGGCUUUUUGCGGGACAUUGCCCCAAAGUAAUCUGCUCUUUUACCUGUAAAAAAAAAAGACAAUACCCCCCCAACAUUAAAAACCACCACCCACACACCCAACCCUACUCUAAAACCCACCCAAUCCCCCCUUAAUAAAACCUAACACUAACCCCUUGAAGAUCACCCUACCUUGAGCCGUCUUCACCCAGCCGGGCACAAGUGGUCCUCCAGAGGGGCAGAAGUCUUCAUCCGAUCCGGGCAGAAGAGGACCUCCAGACGAGCAGAAGUCUUCAUCCAGGUGGCAUCUUCUGUCUUCAUCCAUCCGGAGCGGAGCGGGUCCAUCUUGAAGCCAGCCGACGCAGAGCAUCCUCUUCUACCGACGACUCCCGACGAAUGAAGGUUCCUUUAAAUGACGUUAAUAACUAUUUAAUAACUAUUGUACCUAGUUAAAAUAAAUACAAAGUUGCAUGUAAAAUAAAUAUAAACCCUAAGAUAGAUACAAAUGUAACUAUUAGUUAUAUUGUAGCUAUCUUAGGGUUUAUUUUACAGGUAAGUAUUUAGUUUAAAUAGGAAUAAUUUAUUUAAUUGUAGUAAUUUAAUUUCGUUUUAUUUAAAUUAUAUUUAAGUUAGGGGGGUGUUAGGCUUAGACUUAGGUUUAGGGGUUAAUAAAUGUAGGUAGGUGUCGGCGAUGUUAGGGACGGCAGAUUAGGGGUUAAUAAAAUUUAACUAGUGUUUGCGAGGCGGGAGUGCGGCGGUUUAGGGGUUAAUAUAAUAAAGUGGUGGCGAUGUCCGGUCGGCAGAUUAGGGGUUAAAAACUUUAUUUAAGUGUUUCCAAUGUGGGGGGGGGCUCAGUUUAGGGGUUAAUAGGUAGUUUAUGUGUGUUAGUGUACUUUUUAUCACUUUAGUUAAGAGUUUUAUGUUACGGCGUUAGCCCAUAAAACUCUUAACUACUGACUUUUAAAUGUGGUAUCAGUCUUGACAGGAGAGGGUGUACCGCUCACUUCUUCCAAGAAUCGUAAUACCAGCGUUAGGCAAAUCCCAUUAAAAAGAUAGGAUAUGCAAUUUAUGUAAGGAGGAUUUGUGGUAAGCUCGAGUCGCGGAAGAAAAGUGAGCGGUACUACUGUACCUGCCAGACUCGUAAUACCAGCGGGCGUUAAAAAGCAGCGUUGGGACCUCUCAGCGCUGCUUUUUAAGGCUAACACAAGACUCGUAAUCUAGCCGCUAGGUUCUAGCUGCUGAUUGGUGGCUGUAUAUAUAUAUAUAUAUAUAUAUAUAUUGUCAUGGGCUCACCCAUGUGUUUAAUUAGAAACCAGUAGUGCAUUGCUGCUCCUUCAACAAAUGAUACCAAGAGAAUGAAGCAAAUUUGAUAAUAGUAAACAGAAAAGUUGUUUAAAACUGUAUGUUCUACCUAAAUCAUGAAAGAAACACUGUGUUUCAUGACUCUUUAAAGGGACAGUAAACACCAGCAUUUUUGUUGUUUAAAAAGGUAGAUAAUUCCUUUAUUACCCAUUCCCCCAUUUGCAUAACCAACACAGUUAUAAUAAUAUACUUUUUACCUCUGUGAUUACCUUGUAUCUAUGCCUCUGCAAACUGCCCCCUUAUUUCAGUUCUUUUGACAGACAUGCAUUUUUAGCCAAUCAGUGCUUGCUCUUAGCUCAAUGUUAUCUAUAUGAAACACAUGAACUAACGCCCUCUAGUGGUGAAAAACUGUCAAAAUGCUUUCCGAUUAUAGGCAGUCUUCAAGGUCUAAGAAAUUAGCACAUGAACCUCCUAGAUUUAGCUUUUAACUAAGAAUACCAAGAGAACAAAGCAAAAUUGGUAAUAAAAGUAAAUUGGAAAGUUGUUCAAAAUUACAUGCCCUAUUUAAAUCAUGAAAGAUUUUUUGUGACUUUACUGUCCCUUUAAGUUUUUCAGGUUUGUGCAACACUUUUUAUGCAUCCUAAAAGCCAGUGUUUUUUCACAGUAUUUUUACUUUUGUAUGAUUGUAUUACAUUAAUUGUGUGUUUCAAAAUUCUAACAAAGGUGACCCUAAGCAAAAAAAAAAAAAAAAAAGACAAAAGAGUACUAUUGCCUGGAAAUGAAAAAGUGAAUGUGUUAUUAUAUAAAGACAAUCCUGCAACUUUUUUCAUAAUUAUGUAGUGCAUGUACUAACAGAGAACAAAAUCUGCCAAGGGGACUCAUUAACAAUUCAGCUAAUUUACUACAUCAAACCUGUUGGGAAAUUAAAGGAAAUGCAAGAGUAGCUGUAGUGACAUUGCAAUGCUGUUAAUUCAAAUUGUUGAAACUUUAUUGUACCAAUUUGUAUAUCAAGUUGCACAGGUGAUAAAGCCUUUUACCUGAAAGAGAACGAAAAAAAUCUAUAUUGUGAAUUAUACUGUAUAGUUACAUUUCAUUAUCUUAUGUAUCCUAGAGUUUCUUUCAAUGCAGAAUUAGUUUUUCUGUAAAUAUGGCAGUACUUUAUCACUAAAGACUGUGCAAAAGAUAGUAUUAAAAAUGCACAGGGACACUUUUUGUCUUAGUCUAACUACAUCUGUGCCGGGGGUAUUAAGAUUAGGGAGGGUAUAAAAAUGACAAGUAGUUUGUUGUCAUGAUGCCCUCUCACUCUUAUGGUUGACAAAUGUUUUAUUUAAAAAUUGUAUUAAAAAUGGUGAUUCAUGUUCAUCUGGUUGGGUGCAGGUGCCCUCUAUUCUUCCCUGUCCUAUUUUUUGUGAGACAUAUAAAAGGCAAAUGUGGUAUAAAAUAGUUCAGGUGUGUGUGUGUGUGUGGGGGGGGGGGGGUAGUUUGGCAACAGCUUUUUCUGUGCCUAGAGCAGCAUAAAAUCUAAUUACACAGCUAAAACAAAGUACAAAUGUUGUUACACAUUUCCAUGUUAAUGGGAGGAGAGUCCACUGCUUCAUUCAUUACUUGUGGGAAUUAAGAACCUGGCCACCAAGAGGAGGCAAAGACACCCCGGCCAAAGGCUUAAAUACCUCCCCCACUCCCCUCAUCCCCCAGUCAUUCUUUGCCUUUUGUCACAGGAGGUUGGCAGAGAAGUGUCGGAAGAUUCAGAGUAGUCUCUUAUGUCCAGAGAUGCAGGGAGAGUCUUUCUGCGAACACAUCCCGACUCAGUUUAACAGCUCCAUUAGCAAUCAGUGUUGACGAGUUUCGAUGCCUGCUUUUCUUCUCUCAAGUCCAUGUUAGGAGCGAUGCUACUACCAUGUCACACUUAAAGGGCCUGUUCCUGUUCUACGGCGUUGAUUCUGGUAAGAUUGUUUCAUUUAUAUAUAUGUGAUAAAGCAAGAAGACAGGAUCAUACCCUCGCAAGGGGGUUAUGGAACUGGGGGAAUUUUUUUAUUCAUAAUAUUUGUUUAUUGUGUUUUCUGCUGCACUUGUGUGAGAUAAGGCUCUGCCAGUGUGGAACAGUCAGUUCGUUAGUGAGAGAUUGAGGCAGGUUUUUUCUCUCUCGAGUGCAGGGGCGGUCCUGCAUGGCACUCUAUGUGACCGGGUGUGGCCUCUAUAGCUUCCUCUUUCUCGACCUGCGUUCGGAGGAGACGAAAGCUGUUUCUUGUAGUCCAGGUCAUAGGAGGUGGUGAGUGCCCCGGCAAGGUGCGUUCCCUACAAUCAUCUCCAAUUACACAAGCAGUUCCCCAUGGCACUACUAAUCCUCCCGUGGGAGGGGCCCUUUGGCCUCUAGACUUCGCCGAUCAGUUACAGAUGUCUGUUUCUGGGGCCAUAAAUGCUAUGCCUCAUCCUACUAAGUGCAAACGGAAGGUACGGCACUGCUAUCCUUCUCAGGGGUCUUCGACUCCGCUGGAUGUCUCAGACAGAUUAUCUGCUGAGGUGGACAACUCCAACUUAUUUUAAGGAUGUCGCUUCUGGGUUGGAAUCGGCUACUUCUAGGCCUCCGUUCUCGGAGGAACCAGAUUUUAAGUUUAAGAUGGAGCAUUUGCGUUUUCUGCUGAAGGAAGUGCUUGCUACAUUGGAGGUUCCGGAACCAAAACUACCGGAGGAACCUUCAAUCCCUAAACUGGCAAAAGGGUUUAUGAGGACAGGGUAGUGCCCCAGGCCUUCCCGGUUCCAAUCAAGAUGGCGAACAUUAAGAAUGAAUGGGAGAAACUUGGUUCGUUCUUUUCCCCCUCUUCUUCUUUUAAAAAGCUUUUCCCCGUUCUGGAUGCGCAGCUCGAGCUGUGGGGAACCGUCCCUAAGGCGGAUGGUGCUAUCUCCACGCUCACUAAGAGAACGACUAUCCCGCUAGAGGAUAGCUCCUCUUUCAAGGAACCCAUGGAUAAAAAGAUGGAGUCCAUGUUGCGGAAGAUGUUCCAACUCAGGGGUUCGUUUUCCAACCGGCAGCGGCAGUCGCUGCGGUGGCUGGUGUGGCUACUUCCUGGUGUUACGCUCUAUCAGCUAUGGUCGAGGUGGAGACUAUGAAAUUCUAGAACAAAUCAAAGCCCUAAGGGUAGCGCAUUCAUUCAUUUGUGAUGCUAACAUGCAAAUUAUUCACCUGAAUGCUAAGACAUCAGGUUUUUCUGUUUUAGCCCACAGGGCUCUGUGGCUAAAGUCGUGGUCUGCUGACAUGACUUCUAAGUCUUGCUUGCUUUCCCUACCAUUCAAGGGGAAGGUUUUGUUUGGCCCGGGCCUGGAUUUUAUCAUAUCUACAGUCACGGCUGGCAAGGGGGCCUUCUUGCCUCAGGAUAAGAAGGCCAAACCUAAGGGAUCUCCUUUUCGUGCGGACAAGUCUCAGUGCCAGCAGCCUACCGCAAAGUCUGAGCAAUCCAAGGGAUAACUCUUGGAACUAGUCCAAGCCGAACAAGAAGCCCGCUGAGGCAAAAUCGGAAUCAAGGGGCGGCCCCCGACCCGUCCUUAGAUCAGGUAGGGGGCAGACUAUCUCUUUUUGUGAAGGCCUGGGAGAUAGACGUUAUAGACCCUUGGGUUCUGGAGGUCAUCGCCCAGGGUUACAGGAUAGAUUUAAAAUCAUAUCCGCCCAGAGGCAGGUUCCUCCUGUCAAACAUCUCUUCAAGACCGGAAAAGAGAGACACCUUCCUGGGGUGUGUGAGGGACCUCUCAGGGUGAUCGUCCCAGUCCCUCUGGCAGAAAGAGGUCUGGGGUAUUAUUAAAACCUUUUCGUGGUCCCAAGGAAGGAGGGUACGUUUCGUCCAAUUCUGGACCUAAAGGCCCUAAACAAGUUUUUGUCAGUUUCAUUGUUCAAGAUGGAGAUGAUCAGGUCAAUUUUGCCCUGGUUCAAGAAGGGCAAUUCAUGACGACGAUAGACCGGAAGGACACUUACCUUCAUGUUCCAAUCCACAAAGAGAUUUCUAAGAUUCACUUUCCUGGACCAGCACUUCCAGUUUGUGGCCCUUCCGUUUGGUCUGGCGACUGCCCCAAGAGUCUUUACAAAGGUUCUGGGAGCUCUUCUUGCAGUAGCGAGAGCCAGAGGGAUUGCAAUGGCACCGAAUCUGGACGGUAUCCUGGUCCAGGCUCCGUCCUACAGUCUUGCAGCGGAGGAUCACUAGAGAGCUCUUCUCCUUCAGUCCCACAGGUGAUAAAUAAAGGAAAAAGUUCAUUGGUUCCCAACAACAGGGUGGAAUUCGUACAAUAAUAGAUUCUUCAGCAAUGAAGAUAUUCUUGACAGAUCAGAGACAUUGCAAGCUUGCAUCCAACUGUUUAGCUCUUCAGACAUCCUCCAGGACAUCUGUGGCCAGGUGUAUGGAGGUAAUCGGGCUCAUGGUAUCCAGCAUAGAUGUCAUUCCAUUCGCCAGGUUCCAUCUCGAACCUCUUUAGCUGUGCAUGUUAAGACAAUGGAAUGGCGAUCAUUCAGAUUUGUCCCAACAGAUAUCUCUGGACAGACCGGUGAGGGAGUCAGUAUCUUGGUGGACCCGACCGGGGCAGUUGUCUCAGGGGACAUCCUUUCUGAGACCAUCCUGGGAGAUUGUAACCACGGUUGCAAGUCUAUCAGGAGCUGUUUGGGGUGCCAGAAAGGCACAAGGCAGAUAGACUCAAGAAGAAUCGAGUCUACUUAUAAAUAUUUUGGAACUUUGAGCGAUAUAAAAUGCUCUGAGGACUUGGCCCCUUCUGGGGUCAUCCCGAUUCAUCAGAUUCCAAUUGGACAACAUUACCUUGGUGGCUUACAUAAACCACCAGGUGGGGACGAGAAGCUCUCUAGCAAUGAGGGAAGUAGCGCGGAGACAGAGACUCACAAUUGAUUGCUCUUAGCGAUCCAUAUUCUGGGUGUGGACAACUGGGAAGCGGAUUUUCUGAGCAGACAGACGUUUCAUCCAGGGGAAUGGUCUCUCCAUCCCGAGAUGUUCGCGGAGAUCUGCAGCAGAUGGGGGAUGCCGGAGAUAGAUCUCAUGGCAUCCAGACUCAAUUGCAAGCUACCCAGAUACGGGUCGCGAUCCAGGGAUCCCCAGGCGGAACUGAUAGGUGCCUUGGCGGUACCCUGGGACUUCAACCUAAUUUACGUAUUUCCACCGUUGCCUCUUCUACCUCGGGUAGUGACCCGCAUCAAGCAGGAGCAAGCUUUGACUAUUCUGAUUGCUCUGUCGUGGCCACAGAGGACGUGGUUUGUGGAUCUGGUGUCGUCAUCUCCGCCGUGGAGGUUACUUUGUCUCAAGGAUCUGCUAGUUCAAGGUCCCUUUCAACAUCAAAAUUUCGAUUCUCUGAGGCUGACUGCGUGGAGAUUGAACAACUAGUCUUAGCCAAGAGAGGAUUUUCAGAAAGAGUGAUUGACACUCUCGUUCAGGCCAGGAAGCUGGUCACUAGACGCAUCUACCACAAGGUGUGGAGGACCUACUUGUCCUGGUGUGAGGAACGAGGGUAUCCAGGAUUUUGGUCUUUCCCCAGGACGGUCUGUACUGGGGACAGGCUUUAUCUGUACUGUUGCAUAAGCAGCUUGCGGAGGUUCCUGACAUUCAGUCCUUUGUUCAGGCUCUGGUUAGGAUCAGACGGGUCUUCAGGAAUCCGGCUCCUCCUUGGAGCUUAAACUUGGUUCUUAAGGUUUUGCAGAGGGCUCCAUUUGAGCAUAUGCAUGCCCUUGACAUUAAUAUUCUCUCAUGGAAGGUCCUAUUAUUAUUGGAUAUUGCAUCGGCAUGCAGAGUUUCUGAGUUGGCGGCCUUGCAAUGUGAGCCUCCCUACUUCGUAUUUCAUGCUGAUUAGGCUGUUCUUUCCACUGGAUUUGGAUUCCUUCCCAAGUUAGUGUCGAGUCGUAACAUCAAUCAGGAGAUAGUAGUUCCUUUCUUGUGUCCUAACCCUUCUUCCUCAAAGGAGAGGUUACUUCAUAAUCUGGAUGUGGUUCGGGCCUUGAAGUUUUAUCUUCAGGCCACGAAGGAGUUCAGACAGACUUCGUCCUUAUUUGUUGUGUAUUCUGGAAGGCGCAGGGAGAAAGGGCCUCUGCCACUUCUCUACCUUUUUAGUUGAGGAGUAUGAUCCAUCUUGCAUAUGAGACAGCGGGACACAAGCCUCCUCAGAGGAUUACGGCUCGACUAGAGGUGUGGCCUCUUCUUGGGCCUUUAAGAAUGAAGCUUCUAUGAAGCAGAUUUGUAAGGCGGCCAUUUGGUCUUCCUUACAUACUUUUGCAAAAUUGUAUAAAUUUUACGUUUUUGCUUCGGCGGAAGCAGCUUUUGGGAGAAAGGUUCUGCAGGCUGUGGUGCCCUCAGUAUAGGGUCCGCCUCCUUUUACCCUCCCGUUUUUUUCAUUCAGUGUCCUCUAGCGCUUGGGUAUUUGUUCCCACAAGUAAUGAAUGAAGCAGUGGGCUCUCCUCCCAUUAAGAUGGAAAACAUAAAUUAUGCUUACCUGAUAAUUUCAUUUCCAUCUGUGGGAGGAGAGUCUACUGCACCCGCCCAUUCUCCGGUGGACCUAAAUUUAUUGUUAAUCUUCUGGCACCAUUUAUACCCUGAUAUUUCUCCUACUGUUCCUUGUUUCCUUGGCAGAAUGACUGGGGGAUGUGGGGACUGGGGGAGGUAUUUAAGCCUUUGGCUGGGGUGUCUUUGCCUCCUCCUGGUGGCCAAUUUCUUAAUUCCCACAAGUAAUGAAUGAAGCAGUGGACUCUCCUCCCACAGAUGGAAAUGAAAUUAUCAGGUAGGCAUAAUUUAUUUUUUUCAAUAUAUUUCUUGCAUGCCAAAGAUAAGCAGAAAGCUAUCAAUUUUACCCCACAUAUCAAGGGAAAAAUACUUUCAUACCUAUGCUACUGUAUAUGUGCAGGGAAACAAUAUUCUAAGCAAUUUAAAAAACAUUAAAAUGUGACAUUGUUAUACUGUGCACUUAUCUCUUUAAAGGUUGGAACAUAUUUUAAAUUAUACAGUUAUGUGUUCUUAUGUAUGUGUCUUUUUUUAUAAACGCUUCUAAAUCUCA